CAGGAAGUAGGAUUGGGUUACAGAGUGUGUACUGUUACAAUAAGGUACCGGAAAAUCAUUCAGUCUUCAGAUGUCCUGUACUGGUGAAAUUUAAAACUGGAAACAACAUCUUGUCUUUCUGAAGAGUGCAGUUUGUUAUCUUGGGCUUUGGAGCUGAAACAGAAACAUGAAACUGGAGGUACCAGAAACCUUUGAAGAUGUUGUUGUUGAUUUUUCAAGGGAAGAGUGGAAGAUGCUGAGUGACCAGGAAAAAGAACUGUACAAGGAAGUGAUGUCACAGAACUAUGAGCAUAUGGUAUCACUAGGAUACAACAUCCCAAAGGAACAACUGUUACUGCUGUUUGAAAAACAUAUGAAACUCCUACCCGAGUCUGUGGAAGGAGUGGAGAACCUAGUUCAGAUAACUGAUUGUGGUUAUCCUACCAGCGUUUGCAGGGACACGUACUGUUGUCAUAUUCCACGUCAGAUAUCACUACAGAGGGAGCCUCCUAAUUCUGGAUGUGCAAAAAAACUCUCCUUUCAGGUGUUUGCUACAAAAGAAUUAUUUGUUCCGACUCAAAAUGGACACAGUAGCUACAUGGAAAAUGGAAAGAGGUUUCUACAGGAAAAAAAACAAACAAGUCUGACAUCCUCUGAAAAAACUAAUACUGCAGUGAAGCGAUAUACAUGUGCUACUUGUGACAAGAGUUUUAUGUGGAAGUGUCAGCUCGUGAACCAUGAGAAAAUCCACAGUGGUGAAAGGCCAUACAGAUGUGUAACAUGUGACAAGAGUUUUUUAUUUAAGCCCAAUCUUGCAUACCAUGAAAAAACGCACAGUAAGGAGAAGCCAUAUAAAUGUGUAACAUGUGAUAAGAGCUUUUUGUGGAAGUGUCAGCUCACGAACCAUGAGAAAAGCCACAGUGGUGAAAAGCCAUACAGAUGUGUAACAUGUGACAAGAGUUUUUCAUUUAAGCCCAAUCUUGCAUAUCAUGAAAAAACUCACACUAAAGAGAAGCCGUAUAAAUGUGCAACAUGUGAAAAGAGUUUUAUGUUGAAGUGGCACCUCACGAGUCAUGAAAAAACCCACACUGGUGAUAUGCCCUAUAAAUGUGGCACAUGUGACAAGACCUUUACACACAAGGCCAGUCUUACAUACCACGAAAAAACUCAUGCUAAAGAGAAGCCAUAUAAAUGUGCAGCAUGCGACAAGAGUUUUUUACAGAAGGGCAGUCUUAUAUCCCAUGAAAAAACGCACACUGGGGAGAAACCAUAUAAAUGUGCAAUGUGUGAUAAGAGUUUUGCAUGGAAGCAAAGCCUUAAUUUACACGAGAAAACUCACACUAAGGAGAAACUGUAUACCUGUGGAAUAUGUAAGAAGACUUUUACAGGGUUGAAAUACCUUACAUACCAUGAGAAAACCCACACUGUGGAAAAGCAGUUUAGCUGUACUACUUGUAACAAGAGUUUUGUGUGGAAACAUCAGCUGAUGUACCAUCAGAAGACCCACAGCGGUGAAAGGCCAUACAAAUGUGCAAAAUGUGACAAAAGUUUUGUGUGGAAGUGUCUGCUGAAAAACCACGAGAAAAUACACACUGGUGACAGGCUGUAUAAGUGUGCAAUGUGUGAAAAGAGUUUUACAUGGAAGAACAGCCUUGAAUACCAUGUGAAAACUCACAGUGGAGAUAGACUAUAUAAAUGUGCAAUAUGUGACAAGAGUUUCAUUCUGAAACAAAGCUUGACAUGCCAUGAGAAAAUCCACUCUGGUGAAAAACCCUAUAAAUGUGCAUCAUGUGACAAGAGAUUUCUAAAGAAGAGUGCCCUCACAUCCCACGAGAAAACUCACUCUAGGGAAGAGCAAUAUAAAUGUACACUGUGUAACAUGGGUUUUCGAUGGAAGAGCUACCUCACUUCCCAUGAAAAAACCCACCGUUACCAAAAGCCUAGACAUCUGGAGAAGUCCGUCACAGGAAAGCAAUACAAAUGUGCAACAUGCAACAAGAAUUUUGCAUCGAAGAAGUGCCUUACCAUUCAUGAGAGAAUCCACACCAGUGUGGAGUCCAAAUGGAGAGAUGAUAAAUCAACAAGCAAAGGAGAGUAGUAUUGCUGGAAUUAAAUUCAUCCCCAAGUCUUUGUGACUACCUUCGUGAGGUGGACCCUGUUUUUCAGAAAAUCUCACCAAGAUGACACUGAAAUAUAGACUGUAUUUUAUAUAGCAUUUGUCUUGGACAGAAGUAGUUAAAAUUUAAAAAAGAUAGAGUGCACAAGACUCCAGAUAAAAAAGUGUACAGUCCUAGUAGGUUCAUGCUAGGACUGGAAAAAAUGACAGUGUAGAAUCUUCAAGACAUGGAACAUUCUUACAGUUGGGCUAGGCCAGGCUCAGUGGUAGGAUGGCCACCCUGUUGUCGAAGGAAGGAAGUAGUCCACAAAAAUCAAAAAAACUGAUGGGCCAAA